AUGGUCCGCGAACUCAAGCACCACGAGAAGAAGCUUCUCCGGAAGGUCGACUUCCACAACUACAAGUCCGAUGGCGGCCACCGUGAACACCAGGUGCGCCAACGGUACCUCCUCCAAGACCCGAUGGACUACAAAAAAUACAACGCACUCUGCGGAUCCCUACGCCAGCUCGCCCACAAGCUCUCCCAGCUUGAUCCCGAAACAGACCCACUGCGCAAGAAGCUCGAGUCGGAGCUUCUGGAGAAAUUGUGGCGCAUGGGAAUCCUCAAGCAAUCCCGUGAGCAGGGCGCCGGAUUGUCCAAGGUUGAGCGUGAAGUCACAGUCUCUGCGCUCUGCCGGAGACGCUUGGCCGUCUUCAUGGUGCGCUCUGGUAUGGUUGAGACUAUCAAGGCUGCUGCCACUUUCAUCGAGCAAGGCCACGUCCGUGUUGGUACUGAGGUUGUCAAUGACCCGGCUUUCCUGGUUACUCGUAACAUGGAGGACUUCGUGACCUGGGUCGACUCCAGUAAGAUCAAGCGGAACAUUCUCCGUUACCGUGAGAAGCUGGAUGACUUUGAUCUUCUGUGA